CAGGUCUCUCGAAAACGUGCUCCUUCAGCAUCCGGCUCCGUUGCCAUCCGUUGGCGGCGCCCAGUGUCUGUGGUGACCAUCCCCGGGUCGUGCUUUAAGUGUCGUGCUCCCCCUUGUGCAAUUUAAGGCUUCUCUCCCAAGAAGAGAAAGAAACCGUGUGCGACUUGUGCGUGUCUGUGACGUUUUAACCCCUUUCGGGGCCAGCCGGUACCGUGGGAGUGCAAUUGUUUGUGACAGUGAACCCAGGAAUCCCAGUGAUCCCCACCAUUCCCACUUGGCGCGUCCGUAGUUUGGGUGGCGAAAUUGCAUCAAAAAUUGCGAAAACAAACCUCGCGUGCGACGUCUCCUUGCCAGUGCUAUCCUUGCGUGCGACGUGCGAAAUUGUUGCGCAAACACACACACACACACACACACACAUACAAGCCUCUAGAGGAUCAAAACAAAAAUCCGAACCCGAGAGUUAAAUUCGCGAAUCUCCGGCCGGCGUGUUCGUCCGGCUCCCUGGAGAGGGGCACAACAUAAAAAGACCGCGUGAUCCACGACGACCCUUGACCCGAAAACCGACACUUUAGCCAGGCCAGCCGAAUAACGAGCAGACCAUCCUUUGAGGUUUUCGAAUGAGCUUCAUCUUCGGUCUGUUCGUGCGAUUUCUGACGAAAUUAUCAUCGCAACGAUCCGAGAAAACUUGAUAUCAUUUGCACCAGCAGCAGCGCGACGACGAAGGUUCUCGAUUCCAUAAUUACUCAGCGUAUGAAACGAGCAGCUACUGAGAAAGUGAUCCUCAUUUUUCGCAUCAACGCCGUGAGAAGUGGGCAGUACCUCCCUUCGGUGAACUCAUUUUAAUUAAAUUCAGUCCACGUUCACGAACGGGACCGCGCGGGGGAAUAAGAACGCUUUGCUCGAAAAUCGGUUUUGUGCAGCGACCGGGCGAACAUUAAGCUUUCAAUUAGUAGGUGUCAUUUACUGGUAGCUUCACGCUGUCUCCGCGAGUCAAAUCCUAGCAACCGUUGCAAACCGGCGAAUGGUGGUGCUUCACCACCCCCUGACGACGACAGACGAUUUUUGCUCUUCCUCAUCAAGAGUCCUCUGAACGAAAACGCUCAUUAGUGACUUUCACACGAUGGGCACUAAAUCAGUAUUUUUCGUGCUUUGCCUGGCCGCCCUAGCGGUGCAAGACAGUCAAGCACAGCAGCGUCAAUCGCCGGCCCGGUCCGCCCUUCGCUACAAGCGAAUGUUUGUCAUGUGUCCACCGGAUUUCAUUCGCAUCGGCAACGAGUGUUACUUCAUCUCCAAGAACAAGCUCAACUGGCUGGACGCGUACUUUGAGUGCAAAGACCGUAACGCAAAGCUGGCCGAGCCGAUGAAGUACGAGGAUAAGCACCUGCGCCGGCAUCUGCAGAAAACCAUGCGAAAAGACGACCUCUGGAUUGGCGGUACCUACAACUGGAACCGCCACAAGUGGCAGUGGGGUCACAAUGGGCGCGAGAUGGACUACCAAUCGUUCAGCCAGAUGGUCCCCGGGAGCAGCCAGGAUUUGAAGUACCAUUGUGCACUACUCCGGUCCGACCUCAAGUUCAGAUGGUCGGCCGAAGAGUGCACAAAGAAAGUAGACUUCAUCUGUCAGCACCGCAUGCCGCUGGUGUCGGAACAGAGCCGCAACCAGGUGUACCACCGGUGGAACGAGACCUACCCCAACCAGAAGGCUAACGAGAAGAUGGUUUACAUUGUGAACGACCCGAAAAAUCGCACCCGAAAUGACCCGUCGAAGGUUAGAAUCUACAACAGCAUGAAGCAAGUGUUCCGCUACAAUCCGUCGAUCCAGCAGCGCCCGGGGCACCGUCGCACCACGAUUCGUCAGCGGAAACCAACUAGCCGAGUUGACUUCAUCCCGAACGACGUGUACCGGAAGCAGCAAACUUCGCAGUACGCUCCGGACACAGCGAACGAUCUGAACACAUUCGAUAACGGCGGUCACCGAGGCGGGUAUUCGUCAUCGAGCUUCAACAUUGACAUUCGUCCCCGGGGGAUGGUUAACCGUAAUUUGGGCAGCCCGCGCACAAACAACUAUCGCUCGCACUCGGAUAUGGCACGCCAGGAGCCGAUGUCGCAUCACCAGCAUCGCCAUCAGCCGACUCCGUACAGCAGCCAGCUCCACAAAACACCUAAUCGCAUGCACCACGAACCACCGAUGCAUCCACGCCCCGUGCACUACCCACAGCCCACUGUAGCCACCACAACGACCACUACGACGACUACCGCUGCUCCGCGAACCUUCACCGAGACCACGACAAAAAUGGCUCCGCUAACCCGCCAAACCACCAAGGUGCUGAUGACGCCCGAGCAGAAGAAAAACCACCGGGAACUGCUGCGUGAACGGCUCCAGAAGCUGACGCCCGAGGAGCAGCAAAUAUUCCUGCAGGACCGUGCGCGGCGGAAGCAGCACCGGUUGUUGCAGCAACAAAAGCACGCACGCUUGUCGGAUAACGAAGUGAUGGUCCCGUAAAGGGGGUUGUCCAGCAGUGCACCAACCAAAACGGUUCCUAGAAGAGGAGUGAUAGCACACCGUCACCGGUUAGACCGGCCACUGUUUAGGCUCCGCUUCCUGGCGGGUGAAAAAUUUCUCCGUCGAAAAAGCGGGAGGUUUUCCGUAUCGAGCACACUACUCAGCCCGCACACCACGCUACGGACCGAUAACCGCAAACCUCACACUCGGAAGAAUGUGCUCGAAUACAUAUCGAAAUCUUUUAGCCCCAGAGCGGCGCAUCAGUGAGCGAAUAGUAAAACCGCAAGCACAAUAAUAGGUCAACUAAACACCACACUCCACUUUGGUCAACUCCGUCACGUUUCAAUUUGGGUACGCCAAUGCAUAGACCACCUCAGCCCGUUUAACUAUUACACUAACGUUCGUUACAAUCUGGUAAAUUGCCAUGUGACAACUGCAAGAGAAACACAAAGCAAUGUAACUGCAUACAAACAAUAGGAAACCCAUCUCUUCAGUAACUAACAUUAGCACUUUAAGCGAGUAUAAGCUACCUUAAUAAAACUUAAAGCGAUAAAAAAUGAAAUACGUUGAAUCGAACACACUCGGGGCGCUAUCAUCCUGCGUAACAUAACUGCUGUUCCAUGUGUUCGCCAAUCAUUAUUGAAAACGUUAAGUAAAACAUUUUGACCAACAACGCGAGCCAAACGCAGACACAAGCAACCCCCAAAACGACAAGAGAUGAGCGAUAAAGCGUUGGAUUGCGAAUUGAUUGAUUGGAGGUGACAAACAGGCAGAUCAUUACAUUUUUACCAACCGACGCAGAUACUAACAGCUAGAGCAAUCAUGUAAACACAACAUAAAAGUAACAAAUUGAAGCAGUUUUUUCCCUCUCUUAAGGAUAAUGUAUAAUGUAAAAGGACGAAGGCGCAGCAGAAAGUUAAAUGUAAAAAUAAAAUUGGUCACUUUUGGAGUACUAACGCAAAUGCGCCAGCGGAUGGCAGCAGAUGGUGUGUCCAUGAGUGAUCGGUCAAAUUAUGUCAAUUGCGAACAUCAUGCAAUGAUAGGGAACAAUAGUAGCUAGUCGGAAGGGCAACGGUCCUGUCCAGGAAUGAGUUGUGGAAAGUCAUGAGCCGAUAUGUUGGCCAUUGUACGGUCGUUGAUUAUGAUUAACAUUAGCAUGUAGCUCCUAUUGCCAUACUACUGCGCCGGAAUGGUCGAACCGGAAGCUGCGUGACGGGAGGCGGUCACAGCGGCGGUGCAACAGCAGUAGCGGUUUCCGUCUGAGAAGAUUAAUACCAAAAGCAACAAACUAUACCUAUUUGUAAUGUAAGGCAAUCGGCGUAACCUGUCGAAAUCAGAAGCACAAAAAUUGUCACCGUUCUCUGUGGAGGGCAGCAGAUACAAAGCAGCAGAACGAUUCGCUACACUAUAAAAACCCAACAAACCAUCGGGGCUGGUUCUUAGCGAAAAGCGCUCGCGACACCUGUAACAUCGUGCACAGAGCAGAGCAAACAGAGUUCGUACAACGAUUCGAAACGGAAAGUAUUUUAGUAGACGCAGUAAACGCAAGCGAGCGAGAAACCCAAUCCCCGUAGUCGUAGUGAUCCGAUUGAUUCUGACUCCCACUUAAGCCUGCUCCGAGGACGGCAGGGAACCAUGGAACCGUAGGGGGAACAUUGCAUUGUUUUUCUUGCAAAGAGAACGUACUGUUUGAAAUAAAGUAUUACUUGAGCGAGGUGUU